AUGCUCACAGCUUUUUCAUCCUUACUGCUUCUAGUGGGGCUUGCCCAAUGUCUGCCCACCAGUUGCCACUCUCAACAAUGCCUUUCUACUGCUGAUUCCAUACUGAGUAAUAUCGAUACACUGAUGGAUCCCUGUCAAGAUUUCUUUCAAUUCUCUUGUGGUGCUUGGUCGAAGAUGUACGAAAUUCCUGACAAUCAACUAGAAAUUGGAGCAUUUGAAGCGUUAUCGAAGGGAAACUCUGAAUCUCUGCGACAAAUUCUCGAAAAUGGCUAUAGUGACCUGAAGCUGCAGAACACUAGUAAUAAAGUCCCUGCCAGUGAGGUGCACACGGAUGAAGAGAUAUUCAAGAAAGCAAAAAACUAUUAUGACAGUUGCCUCAACGAACCUCUAAUAGAAAUCCGCGGCUCGACUCCACUUCACCCUUUGUUAGAGACCCUUGGAAAUAUAUUUGAAGAUAACCGUGAAGAUGUCAGAGCAGCAAUUACUAAAGGCAUUGCCUACUUGAUUCAAUUUGAUAUAACUCCUUUGUUCACAUUCGCCGCGGACUCAGAAAUGUCACAUCCAGAAACCUACGGCGUUUACGUUCUCCAGAGUGGACUAACAUUGGCUACUAAAGAGAGAUAUAACGAUUCUUCAAUUGUGGAAGCGUAUGAAAAAGUUGCAGCCGAAACAUGGCACAAGAUAUCACAAAACUUUCAACUUCCCGGCGUGAACUCAGAGAACGAUAUGUAUCGUUCGGUUGCAAGGGCUGUCAAUUUUGAAAAACAAUUAUCUCUCAUUAGCAAUUCAUCGCAAGAACUUUCCAAUCCUGAGUCUAUAUAUAAUCCUGUUACAGUCAUCAAGCUCAAUGAGAUGGCCCCUAUGAUAGAUUGGAAUCUGCUGAUUUCAUUACUGCGCCAAAAUGAGCACCCAAUCGACAACCUAGUGAUCACAUCUCCAUCUUAUAUUCAGCUUAUGUCGACACUAAUCGCCAAAACUGACAUUAUGACAAUUCAGUACCAUUUUAUGAACACCUUAAUCCUCUCAGUAAUCGGAGCACUCUCUUCGGAUUUGAGUACACCACUUAAGAACAUGACUCUACACAUAUCAGGUGGAAAGACAUCACCGUCACGAAAAGAGUUGUGCAUACAGAACACCAAUACGGUACUUGGUCAGAUAGUUGGUCGAUUCUAUAUCUUGACCAAAUUCAGUCAAGCUGCCAAAGACUCGGUUAAUGAAUUGGUCAACCGCCUGCGGGAAUCGUUAGAACAGAGCAUCAUGCAACUUGAUUUUUUUGACAAUGUCACCAGGACUGUAGCAUUAGACAAGCUUCACAAAAUAGUUCAAAAAAUUGGAUACGGAACAUCCAGCCCAGAUGUUAUGUCACCCGCCUCUCUAGAUGCGUAUUACCAAUCUGUCACAGUGACGCCCGAACUUUUUUUUGAAAAUUACAUCUCUUACCGUCAAUGGUCAGCUAGGAAGACAUGGGAGCUACAAGGCCAAAAAGUCGACAAGCAAGUUUGGCAGUUGCAUCCAUAUCAAGUCAACGCUUAUUACGAUCCACUUGUGAAUGAGAUUGUAUUCCCUGCCGGUAUCUUACAGCCACCUUUCUACAAUGUGCUCAACUCUGACAAUAUGAAUUUCGGUGCCAUUGGUGCUGUCAUUGGACAUGAAUUAACUCACGGUUUUGACACAUCAGGUAGACUUUUCGAUGGAGAUGGAAAAUUCAGGUCAUGGUGGACGAAAGACACAGAACGACAGUACCUGGAGAGAGCACAGUGUUUCAUUGAUCAGUACUCCAACUUCACUAUCAAUGGACCUGAGAAUACAUCUCUUCGCCUCAAUGGUGAUUUUGAGAGUGGGGAAAUCUUAGCUGAUAACGGUGGGCUACAGAUAUCAUAUAAUGCGUGGCAGAACAGCCUGAAAGACGCCCAGCGAACGGGAACCAAAUAUCAAAGCCUGGAAACUUUAGGCGGAUACUCCGCAGAACAACUCUUUUUUAUGAGCUUUGGUCAGAUUUGGUGCUCCAAGAUAAGACCAGAGUAUGCUGCUAUGCGAAUGAGUACUGAUCCACAUCCGCCACCCCAGUGGCGAGUAAAUGGCGCCAUCCAAAAUUCGAUUGAGUUCGCAAAAGCGUUCAAUUGCCCUACUGGUGCACCGAUGAACCCAGAGAAGAAAUGCCGUGUUUGGUAA